GUUCCCAAGAAGUGACGUGGCUACGUGCAGCGUGUGUCUCAAGACCGGGAACAGGCGGUUCCAUGUUCAGUUCUAGGCAAACUACAAACAUCUGCUUAUAACAGAGUUUUUCCUGACCUGUUCCUGUCAUGCCUGGUAGAAAGACCACCGCCAAGAGGAAGUCUGACACUGCUGUGGAGGAUGAUAAAGGCUCUAAGAAAGUGAAAGUUUCCCACAGGAGUCAUUGCAAGGAGGCAGGCCAGGUUCUUGUUCUGGGCCUGAAUGAUGUUGGACAGCUGGGUUUAGGUGAGGAGAUCGCUCAGAGAAAGAAGCCAGCCCUUUUGUCCCUGCCAGAGAAAAUUGUACAGGUGAUAGCUGGAGGCAUGCACACUGUGUGCCUCAGCGACACUGGACAUGUCUAUACAUUUGGCUGUAAUGAUGAAGGAGCCCUUGGUCGGGACACGACAGAGGAAGGGUCAGAGAUGGUUCCAGGACAGGUGACGGUGGAGGAGAAGGUGGUUCAGGUGUCAGCAGGGGACAGCCACACAGCUGCACUCACAGAGGAUGGAACAGUGUACAUCUGGGGCGCUUUCAGGGAUAACAAUGGUGUCAUUGGUCUUUUGGACUCCAUGAAGGGGUCUCCUGUUCCAGCCAAAGUCCCCAUGACAGAAGCUGUUGUGAAAAUUGCAUCAGGUAACGAUCACCUGGUAUUGGUAACACAGGAGGGAAACCUUUACACGUCAGGCAAUGCAGAGCAGGGUCAGUUGGGACGAGUGCCGGAGCAGUUUUCAAACAGAGGAGGCAGGAAAGGCCUCGGCCGGCUGCUGGUACCACAGCAGGUAAAAGUCAAAGGGAAAGUUCACUUCACAGAUGCCUUCUGUGGCGCAUAUCUCACCUUUGCUGUGUCAGAAGAGGGACAUGUGUAUGGAUUUGGCCUUUCCAACUAUCACCAGCUGGGUACUAAAACCACCAAGACGCUUUUUGUCCCAGUAAAACUGACAUGCUUUAGGAACUCUACCACCUCUUGGGUGGACUUCUCUGGAGGACAACACCACACACUCUGCCUCGAUGCUGAAGGGCAGGUAUACAGCUUGGGCCGAGCGGAUUAUGGUCGCCUUGGUCUGGGCCAAGGUGCUGAAGAGACGAGUGAGCCCAAACAUGUAACGGGGAUGGAGCCAGCCAGUCGAGUGGCAUGUGGGGCGUCUGUCAGCUACGCUGUCACCAGACAAGGGUCUGUGUAUGCUUGGGGCAUGGGCACCAACCUCCAGCUUGGCACAGGAGAAGAGGAGGAUGAGUGGAGCCCAAUGAGGAUGACUGGAAAUCAGCUGGAGAACCGUACAGUACUGAUGGUGUCCAGUGGAGGGCAGCACACAGUCCUUUUAGUCAAAGACAAGCAGGAGAGCUGAUGUUCAUGUCAGGCAGAGAGUGAUGGGGGGGCCUUUUGACCUCUUUCAAGGUGAGGCCUUGUUCAUGGUGCUGAAAUGUGGUAAAGGGGUUCAUCUAUUUUUGCCUUCCUGUGCUGAGCUGAAGGAUUGUGAGAGGUGAAAGUAGGAGGAGAGAUUCAGAGCCUUUUAUGAGAACUCUUCUUAAGAUGGGGAAAAUUUUCCUGGAUGUUCGUAGAUCAUGACAAAUGAGAGACUAUUUUUUUAAAUCUAGUUUUUGAUGUUCCCUUUGAAUUGUUUUCAUCAAGUCAUUAGUAUGACUGUAGGAUGGUAUAUGUGAUGUUUGUGAUUGGGACUGAUUGCAUGUAUAUAAAGGAAGUGAGUGCAAACCUUUUAAUGAUUUUCAUACUGUAUCCUACGUUUUGUUGCGUUUCCCAUCUGAAAAUAAAAAAACAUUUUAAGUU